UUACAAAUCACUCAGAUUAUUCAGUAUCAAGCGCACAUUCGGAAUCAACAGAAGUACAAUGUAUACAAUGUAUAAAGUAAACAUACUAGCUUCAUUUGUGGAACCUUAUAAAGACUGUUUGGAGAGUUGGUUCCUGUUUAUAAAAUUUGUGGAUCUUCUGGUUCCUUUAAUUCAGCUGAACAAAGUAAACAAGACUAAAGUUGAUGAUGGAAAUUGUGGAUUGGAGUUGGUUUUGAUGGUUGUUAAAAUUGUCCUGCAUGCCUGGAUCCUUCGUCUAUCAGACAAGUCAUUUAUGGAUAAUUCUCAAGCAAUUGCACUCCUGUUCCUGACUCUAUACACAUCAUUUUACUACACAACAGUCCCAAUACCUACCGACACUAUAAUUUCUAGCUUUAAAUCAGUUUGGUUCUAUUUUAUUGCCGGGACAAUUUUAAUAAUUUUGGCAGUGACUCCAAUUCCGAUGCAAAUAUCUUAUGUCGUUUGUUUUGUUUGCAUGUGCAUAUUUCUGGCUUAUUACACUAUGAAGGAGUCGAUGCAUACCAUUGAGAUUAUAAGCAAUUUAGAUGCACAGUAUAACUUUGAUAUCAAAAAAGUUUGGGAUGCUUUGGUGUUUUUGAGUAUGUUUCUAUUGCUGAUUACUGGAGAUCAUCCACAUAGAGUUCUUACGACACUAGGUGAAAUUGGUGUUCUAACCUCAGCAGGUCAACUUAUCAUAUUUUGUACACAUCAAGUUGUAAUCUACUUUCAGCACUAAGGAGAAAGCUUUGACUUCACAAUGUCAAUAUCAUUAAAAUCUACAAAAAACCAACCAA